AUGGCGCCGAGAACGCGCGCGCGGGCGAGGGGCGACGACGUGGCACCGGACGACGGACGCGCGCGGGACGGGACGACGACGUCGGGACGCGCGAUGCGGACGACGAUCACCAACGGACGAUCGAGCUCAACGUCGACGAGAGCGCGCGCGGCGGAGAUGGCGGCCGCGAAUGAACCGGAGGACGCGCAGAGCGACCGGGGGACGAAUAGCGACAAUUCGACGAACGAGUACACGUACGGAACGUCCGACGGUAGUGACGAGGGGCGGCGAUUGCUCGUUGGAAGUGAAGGGAGAGAACCGAUGCGCUUCAUCAAUCCAGUGAGAUUGAUGCGAUACUUGGAGCGAAAGAAGUGA